GCCUUAUAGCCAUUUGACAGUGCUGAAUGGUUGACCUCAGGAUGAAGAUGAAGAUCGUCUACCUCUGCCUGAUCUCAGGUGUCAAUGUUGUCAUGGCAGUAAUGCAGGUGAAUGGAUAUAUCGGUGAAUCAGCAGUGAUCAGAUGCCCAUAUGAUAAAGCAUAUGUGGGAUACUCCAAGUACCUCUGCAGAGGGUCAUGUCCUCGCAUUGGAGGUAAAGACAUUCCAAUCAGGUCUGGAAAAGGCCAGACCAAAGCAAUCAAUGGGAGAUUCUUUCUGCAUGAUGACCCCACUGCUGGAGUCUUUACUGUGACCAUCACUGGACUGACUGCAGAGGAUUCUGGGCAAUACUGGUGUGGUGUUAAAACAGGGUUUGGGAGGAAAGAUGUGCAUACUGAGCUGAAGUUGCAUGUCUUGCCAGCCAGGGAGCCAACAGAGAGACCGGAGGUGACUGAUGUAUCAAGCACAACACCUGAUGUGACUGACGUAUCAACAUCAGCACUCGUGACAACUGAUUACGUUGUCUGUGAAGACUGUAUUGAGAAUCCUGGCAUCGCAAGUCAACAACCAGCUGUAAACUUGACGUAUGUGGUUGUGAGUAGCGGUGCAGCUGGACUAGCAGUUCUGCUGAUCAUUGCUGUGGUUUUGGGGUGUCGUGCAGCAAAGAGGAAUAAGAGUUUGGAAAUUCCUGGUCACACAAAUUUAAGCGAAAGCGCCCUUACCGCUGCAAACAGUUGUACGGUCACAGAAACUACUAGAGAGGGAAACACUUCUCAUGAGAAUGACUCCGUGUACGAGUGCCUGGAGCUGAAGGAGUGUGGUCCUGAUGCAGAGUAUGAGGGAUUGGGAGCGCUGGCCAGUGGGAAGUCCCCGUUAGCACGAAACAACGGGUAUCCUGGGAAGGGGAAGAAGAAGGACACACUUAGCAUUAGCAAGGCUAGGAAAUGUGCAGAAAAUGAAUAUGAAUCAUUGAGGAACACCCAUUGUAUUAGCAAGACUCAGAAAGGUGCGGAAAAUGAAUAUGAGUCUAUGAGGGGAACCCACUGUAUUAGCGAGGCUAACAAAGGUGUGGAAAAUGAAUACGCAUCCUUGUGGGACACCAUGAACACAGGCAAGGCUAGCAAGGGUGCUGAGAAUGAAUAUACAGCCAUGGGAGAGGGUAAUGAAAAUGACAAGAAAGCUGCACUUAGCAAGGCAAGGAGAGGUGCAGAAAAGUAGUACAUGGGCCACUCUUCCUUGAGGAGUGGAGAGCACUGAUACCAAGUAUGAGUCCAUGAGGGAGACUCUGAACAGGGUGCGGAGAUAGUGCUGAAAAUGAUGAUGAGUGUAUGAGGGCCACCCUCUGCCAGGCUAGAGAUGAGUGAAUGAAUGAAUUUGUGGUCAAACCAAAUCCAGGAGAACUGGUGUGAGAUUACAGCUUUAUUCACAAUACUGGGAACAUGUUACCUGAAAUGUGAAUUAGAUGAAUGAAUGAAUUAAUUAAUGAAUAAAGGCACAGUCUACAAUUUAUUGAUAUUUGGGCAUGUCUGUCUAUAUAUAUGUCUACCUAUCUCUCCAAAUAUCUGUCUAUAUAUCUAUCUAUUCAUCUACAUGUAUCUAUCCCUGAUCACAUGGACAUCUUUCUUGGUUGAGAUAUGCACUUUGUACAUCAUGAUGAUGAUUGUUGGUAUAAACAGGGCUUUUACUAUUGUUGCUGUUGUCUUUUCCUGACUUUUCGAUUGAUUGCGUAUAAUAUUUGUUAUUUUCAAUAUGUACAUAGUGCACCUUACAUAUUAGUAUGUUA